GGCUGAGGAAGGCCCCGCCCUUGACGUCACGUCCCGUCAUGCCCCGCAAGCGGCCGUUCAGCGCCAAGAGGAAGAAGCAGCAGCUCCGCGACCGGCGGGAACGGAGGCGGGGCGAUGCCCCGGCCCCACCGGGCUCGGUCCCGGGCAGCCGCAGCGGGAGCCGGGAGCGCGGCAGCGAUGCGGCCUGUGCUGAAGCCGGGGAUCCGGUUCCCCCUCCCCGCCGCCAUGACCCCGGCCGGUUCCGGCUGCAGCUGGGGGGGCCGCGGGCCGAGGCGCUGGCGCGGCGGCGGCGGCGGGCGCAGGAGGAGCUGGUGGAGCUGCUGCCCGAGAGCGCCCUGGAGCUGGACCCGGACCUCAUCUACGGGCCCGGCCUGGACUUCCCCCGACGGCCGCCCUGGAGCUUCGCCAUGAGCCCCGAGGAGCUGCGGGAGCGGGAGGAGGCAGCUUUCGGGGCCUUCCUGAGGGCCCUGCAGGAGAACCAGCGCCCCGCGGAGGGGGGCCCCGAGGGUGAGGAUGAUGGAGGGGACGUGGCCCCAUUUGAGCACAACCUGGAGACAUGGCGGCAGCUUUGGCGGGUGCUGGAGAUGUCCGACGUUAUCCUGCUCAUCACUGAUGCCCGGCACCCGGCCCUGAACGUGCCCCCCGCGCUGGCCACCCACAUCACCAGAGAGCUGGGCAAGGGGCUCAUCCUCAUCCUCAACAAAGUGGACCUCACGUCCCCCGCCGUGGCCACUGCCUGGAGCCACCUCCUGCGCCGCCGCUUCCCCACUGCCCGUGUUGUCCCCUUCACCUCUGCCCCCCGACGGGGCCCAGAGCCCGGGCUGCAGCGGAGGCAGAGGAGGGGAGGAGGCUGGAGCCGGGCCGUGGGACCCCGGCAGCUGCUGGAGGCCUGUGAGAGCAUCGUGGGGGGAGAAGUGGACCUGAGCAGCUGGCGAGCACGGCUGGACCGGGCGGAAGCGGCGGCGGCACGAGGGGAAGAGGAGGAGGAGGAAGAGGUGGGAGAUGGCGGGGAGGAAGAGGAGGAGGACGGCGACGAGGACGGAGCCAUGGUGGCCCCUCGGCAGUGGGAGCGCUACCGCCACGGCAUCCUCACCCUGGGCUGCGUCGGGCUCCCCAACGCAGGCAAGUCGUCGGUGCUGAACGCCCUGGUGGGCCGCAGCGCCGUGAGCGUGUCCCGGGCCCCCGGCCGCACCCGCUACUUCCAGACCCAUUUCCUCACCCCCCGCGUCCGCCUCUGCGACUGCCCCGGCCUCGUCUUCCCCUCCCGGGCCCCCCCAGCUCUGCAGGUCCUGGCUGGUGUCUACCCCAUCUCCCAGCUGCAGGAGCCCUACUCUGCUGUGGGGUACUUGGCUUCUCGCCUCCCACUGCCACCUCUCCUCCAGCUGCGGCCCCCCAGUUCUGCAGGAGGCUGGACAGCCUGGGACAUCUGUGAAGCAUGGGCAGAGAAACGAGGCUACAAGACAGCAAAGGCAGCUCGGAACGAUGUGUACCGGGCAGCCAACAGCAUCCUAAGGCUGGCGGCUGACGGGCGACUCCGGCUCUGCCUGCGACCCCCUGGCUACGCUGCCCAGAAGGACCUGUGGGAGCAGCACCCAGAGACGGCGGCGCUGGCGGCACUGCAGGAGCGGGGGGACCCGGGGGUCCAGGGCUCGGCCCCCCCUGAGGAGGGCUCAACCUCGGAGGAGGAAGAGUGUGACAGUGAGGAGGGGGCGGAGCUUGGGGAGGCCACGCCUCCCACCAGCACCGCGGCCAAUCCCUUUGCUCUGCUGGGAGAGGAUGAGUGUUAGCCCCGCCCCGUGCCGUGACGCUGAUACCAUAUAUGGAAUAAAGGGAGGUUUAUUUCUGCAA